UUGUUCUUCCGGGGUAACUUCCUUUUCCGGGGCGGGCGGCGCUGUGCGUGUAUUGCUGUGCCCCAACUCCCUCAGGGCCUGUGUUGCGGGAUUCCCUGCUGCUAUGAGCUUCCUCAAAAGUUUCCCGCCGCCUGGGCCGGCGGAGGGGCUCCUGCGGCAGCAGCCAGACACCGAGGCUGUGCUGAACGGGAAGGGCCUUGGCACCGGUACCCUUUACAUCGCUGAGAGCCGCCUGUCUUGGUUAGAUGGCUCCGGAUUAGGAUUCUCGCUGGAAUACCCCACCAUUAGCUUACAUGCAUUGUCCAGGGACAGAAGUGACUGUCUGGGAGAGCACUUGUAUGUUAUGGUGAAUGCCAAAUUUGAAGAAGAAUCAAAAGAAUCUGUUGCUGAUGAAGAAGAAGAAGACAGUGAUGAUGAUGUUGAACCUAUUACUGAAUUUAGAUUUGUGCCUAGUGAUAAAUCAGCAUUGGAGGCAAUGUUCACUGCAAUGUGCGAAUGCCAGGCCUUGCAUCCAGAUCCUGAGGAUGAGGAUUCAGAUGACUACGAUGGAGAAGAAUAUGAUGUGGAAGCACAUGCAGAUGCCUCCUCCCUACCUCCCAGACAAGGUCUUGCUCUGUCACCCAGGCUGGAGUGCAAUGGCGUGAUCUCAGCUCACUAUGACCUCUACCUCCCGGAACAAGGGCAGGGGGAUAUCCCUACAUUUUACACCUAUGAAGAAGGAUUAUCCCAUCUAACAGCAGAAGGCCAAGCCACAUUGGAGAGAUUAGAAGGAAUGCUUUCUCAGUCCGUGAGCAGCCAGUAUAAUAUGGCUGGGGUCAGGACAGAAGAUUCAAUAAGAGAUUAUGAAGAUGGUAUGGAGGUGGAUACCACACCAACAGUUGCUGGACAGUUUGAGGAUGCAGAUGUUGAUCACUGAAAAUGAUAUAUGCAGAUUUAAGAUUCUGCUCCUAACUAUAGGAGAGAACUUGGUGCCUCUUCCACUCUGGAGCGAAGUUGAUGAAAAUCUUUUUCCUUUUCCAAAACCCAACCUGAACCAGUUCUUUCUUGAGACAGAUUAUACUGAGACAAGUUGUCACCAGCAGAACAUAGAUAAUCUGACCUUUAUUAACUUGAUGAAUUAACUUAACCAAGAGGGUAUUUAUAGUUGAUUAUUUACCCCAAAACUUUCUGUGUCUGGGUACCCUCUGAGUAGGCCUAUAAUUCCUGCCUUCACUGUAUCCAUCUUCUGUAAGCUAGCAGAUCCAUCUGUGUGGUGAAAAUGCACAGGAGCGUGGUGUAGGUAGACUGGGUGGGAAAGAGAGAGCUCCUUUCGCCAUGUUUUACUAGUCUGCUCUGUUAUAACCUCUUAGGUUAUAUCCUUUAAUUUCCAACCUUUUAGGUUAGUUUCUGUAACAGAACAAGUGAGUCUGGGAUGAAGUCCUCAGAGUACUUCAAGUGGUAAUUGUUUUGUUUUUGUAAUAGCUUAACAAAUAAACCUAGGUUUUCUAUAUU